AUGUUGCUAGUGGGACGAAGGAAAACGGAAACAUGGGUGCACAGUUUUUCGGUGGGCAAUGAAACGCGCAAGUACAAGGGCUUCACCAUCUAUCGCAUCACUUCGAUUGUAUUUCCCCGAUCACAUCCCGAAGGUCUCACCCGUGUCACCUUAUGGAAGCGUUUUAGCGAGGUGAAAAAGCUGUACAAGGAGCUUGUACGGCGACAUCGUGAACGUCACCUGGGCGGAACAGUACCAGUACUAGCGGAACAUUCCUACUUUAAGCGAUUUGAUCCUGCGGUUAUCGAAGAACGCAAACGGUACAUCUUGCAGUUGUUGGAAUUCGCUGGUCAGGAACCUCUGCUGUAUCGAUCCCAUGCAUUCCUGAACUUUUUCACUCGUGGCAUAGUACCGGAAAAGGACAGUCAAGAGGAAAACGUCCACGAGUGUGCAGAUUGCGCUGAGAAGAAAAAUGGCACUAGCAAUGGACGUGGCAAUAUAGAGACAAUAAGAAAGCAUUUGGGCAUCGGGCAUUCGGAUGAGCUAAGCCUGGUCGAUCCGAGUCGUGAUGGACAGGAAGGACCGGGAACGGAUGGAUCGUGUACCAGCGGUGGCGAGGAAGCUGACGAAGAUGAUACAAAUGAUGCGAUCAGGGACAGUGACUCCGGUACGAUGCUUCCACCACUACCCUUGGCUAGCAGCGGGUCACUAAUGGAUUCAAUGAUUUCCGAAACUGCAUCGAGCAUCUCGGAAACAGAGCAGCGACCGGCAGCUCGCGAAAACAUGACAACGGAAGAACCGCCGGUUGAUUAUCUUGUUGCCGCCGCAAUGAUAUUUAGCAAGGCGGUCGAAGCGGAAGCAAAUGGCGAAUAUCAGCGUGCAUUCGAACAGUACAAAGCAGGCAUCGACCGGUUGUUAAGCGGUGCUAAGGACGAUGCAAACAUAACGCGUCGAAAAAUCGCCAAAGAAAAGAGCUGCAAAUAUGUUGUGAAAGCGGAAGAAAUUUACGAACGGUUCCUGGAGGAAACGGUGGGUUCGCACCCGGACGAACAGAUGAUGGGGCCGCUUGCGUACGACGACCCGAGUUCGCCGAUUCAGCUGCUUGAACGACCGCUAAACUAUCUUUCGCGCUACAAGGUGGUGAAGGUGAUCGGGACGGUAAUGCAGGUGCAGGACGUAACGGACAAGAAGUUUUACAUCAUGAAAAGCAUUCGACGACCACCGCCCGCCGGCUUGCCGUUUUCGAGCGCGGCCGUCUUCCCACAGGAUGUGCCUUACAUGGUGCCACUGAUUGCCUACUUUCAAGCGACCGACGGAGGCAUUUUCUUGCUUUUGCGACUUGUCUGUGCCGGUAAGUUGUGGGAUUUUAUUCGCUCGUAUCGGAAGCCGGAGAGCUAUUGUCCUUCACCGGAAGAGCCGGUGAAAAAUGAAGACAACGAUAGGAAGCCGAUCGUUCCAGUAGCAACCACUGAAACGACUGUGGGUGAAAAUGUGGCGCUAAAAGAACCAAAUUGUUCUGCUUACGAUUCCGGCUUUUUGGACCUGGUUAAUGAAUAUAGUAACGGCGCUGAGAGCAGUGUGAUCGACGGAAACUCACCGAAUUUAGGCGACCGAAAUGAUGAGACGGACGAAGUGGCGUUGGAAGCGCAACCGGAUGAAGAGAUCGAGCAGGACGGCAUCAAGCAAGAGGAGCAGGAGAUUAUAAUUCCCUCCUUCGAUGCACUUUCGAAGGAUAUGGAUGUACGGGAACUACUGUCCUGUAGCCAACGUCUGCUGAAAGCCGUCACACAAACGUUGGAAGAAUCCGGCGAACCCUCGAAUAAUGCUGCCCAAUCGGUUCCUGUCCUCAAGGAAAUGUCUGCUUCAUCCUGCGAGAAACAGCAGGAGCAAAUUAGCAAAUCUCAAUCUAGUCAAUUAGGUUUAGCCAGACUGUCAAGUAUUAGCGAAACGAUGGUUAACGAGCUGACGCCGGAUCUCCUGCCGGAAGGCAGCGUUCGUCGGUGGAUCAGCGAGCUAGUUAUCGCUGUCGAUAGUUUACACUUUAAUGGUAUUGUGUGCGGUGAUCUCACCAUGGAUAAUCUCUUGCUCGGGCCAGAGGGACAGCUUAUGCUGACGUACUUUCACCGAAGGGGCGAAUCGUACUUCUGUCAAUCGGGUGAUGCUCAUCCAGCACUAAAGCAAACAGCGAUUAGAGAGUUGUACGUUGCACCAGAGCGCCCCCUCGAACCAAAGUCGGACUUUUGGUCGAUCGGUGUGAUUAUGUUCGAAAUGUUGACCAAGCGCAAGUUCGUAUCGUGUCAUCCGUCGGGCGUAUUCUGCUAUCACGAGGUGCAGUAUCCGGAAGGUAUGGAGUUAUCGCUGGAAGCACGCGAACUGCUGGAAGGUUUACUGCAACCGGACAUUGAACGGCGAUUAGAUUUUAAGCAAAUCAUCGCAAGUACGUUCUUCCGCACGGUCGACUGGAGCGAGGUGAAACGGCACGGAGCCACAAUGGAACUCACCUAA